UUUAUUUCAUUCAGCAUGUUACAGAAUGAUUUUCUUCUCGCGAAUUAAGACGUAGUUUUUGUAAUGAUCAGAUUAGAUUGUUGUAAUGUUGUAGAAGUCGAGUGUCUCGUACGACGUCGCAAACAGUCAUUCAGUAGCAAAGUGUCAGUGGAAGUGAAAGGUUCCCCAGUUAUUACGAAGUAUCGGUCAUUUUCAUCCAAGUUUCCGCAAGCUCAUCUUACAAUCUGUGAACUAAUUAAAUCUCUCAUUAUUAAAACAAUAAUCAUGUGGAUAAUAUUUUACUUUGGGCUGCUAUUAUUAAAUAUUAUAAUAUGUCAAUGGAUUUUGAAACACUUGAAGCUUCGAAAGGCAUUGAAAGGAAUACCAGCACCGAAAUUUCUUCCAAUAAUUGGAUUUUCUCAAGAAUUUCUCAAAUGUCCGUCGGAAGAUCGAUUCAAAUGGUUUAAUGAUCUAUGCUAUCAAUUUAAUAAUGGAAUGCUUUUAAUAUGGAAAGGCUUGGAACCUGGGGUGAUUAUCCGGAAACCACGACAAAUGGAGGUAGUUCUAUCAAAUAGAAAGCUACUAACAAAAAGCAAUGGUUAUAAAAAUUUUGAGCCAUGGCUUGGCAAAGGACUCAUUACAUCCACAGGAGAAACGUGGCAAAAGCAUAGACGAAUAAUAACUCCUACAUUUCACUUCAAUGCUCUUGAAAAUUAUGCAAAUGUCAUGCACAAAAAUCUUGAAGUACUAACUAACAUUAUAGAGACGCGAUUACAAAAAAAUCCCAACGCCCCUAUCAAUAUUUAUAGAUUAAUUACUAAUUAUGCUCUUGAUGUAAUUAGUGAAGCUUCCACUGGCGUCAAUGUUCAUUCACAACUUGGAUCAGACAAUAUAUAUGCUCAAAAAAUUAAAAAAUACUCUGAAUUAAAUAUUGAAAGAUUCAUGCGUCCUUGGUUAACAUCGGACAUUAUAUUCUCCAUGACAAAAUUGGGACAGGAAGCUAGAAAUGCUGUUAAAACUAUGCAUAAUUAUACACGAAAGAAACUAGCAGAACGACAAAACGAAAUUUGUGCAAGUAACGAUGCGGAUACUAAUUACGACGAAAAUGGUAAGCGCUAUCCAAAACGCUUUUUGGAUAUUUUAAUGGACCAUUACGAAGAAGUAAAUCAUACGUUAUCGUUUAAGGAGGUACUGGAUGAACUGGAGACAUUCAUGUUUGCUGGUCACGACACUACAGCUGCCGCCAUUAGUUGGUCACUUUUUGCUCUUGGUAAUGCUCCGGAAAUUCAAAAAAAAAUUCGUGACGAGCUGAAUGAAGUAUUGGAUAAUCCCUGUGAGCAAGUAACGAGUAAACAUUUGGCUCAAUUAGAAUAUUUUAAUAGAGUCGUAAAGGAAAUCCUUCGAUUAUAUCCAAGUGUUCCUGAAAUAAGUAGGGAAUUAGAUGAGGAAACUAUAUUUGAUAAUUGUAUUAUUCCAAAAGGAACGUGGAUCAGUAUUCAGAUAUAUCAAUUACAUCACGAUCCUGAGGUUUGGGAAGAUCCUGAAACCUUUAAUCCGGAUAGAUUUUUACCAGAAAACAAUGCUCAAAGACAUCCUUACGCAUAUGUUCCUUUUAGCGCUGGACCAAGAAAUUGUAUUGGGCAGAAAUUUGCAAUUUUAGAAAUUAAACAUACCUUGUUAGGAAUUUUGCAAAAAUGGAACAUUUCCAGUGUUUUGAAACCGCAUGAGAUGAAACUUAAAUCAGAAAUUAUAUUAAAGCCUUUCGAUGGGAAUAUCGACGUGCAUUUUACUCCGUUAGAAUAUAUAAUAAGUUAA